AUGUUGGUCUACCCAGUCCUGGUGCUAGCCUUCGGUGCCCUAUGGCCACUGGAUUGUACACUUACCAGACUGGGUUCACUGAUCCAAGUGACUUGCCACUACCACGAUACUACAUGGGCCAUGGCAGAGAAGGUGACUGGAGAAGAUGGCGUUGAGAAGGUAGAAGAGAAGGAGAGUCCUACGGGUUGUGAAGGGUGA